UUUGGCAAGGGUGGGGGAUAUACCGUUUUUUCGGCACACUUCAAAGAAAAACAAACACUGUAAUUUUAUUUUAAUGGGAAGUUAUAAGAAUGAGUCAAUGUUCCACAAAUACAAUUAGUGCAAGGGAGAGCAACUUCAAUUGUUUAGAUUUUAAUCACAUUUAAUAUUAAUCUGAUUCUGUAGUUUAUCUAAUUAAAAUUUAACGAAUUGUGCCUUUUAAGUGAAAUAGUGUCAAUUAUACAAUUGUUAGUUUGUUGCUGUAUAACGAUCACUUAUUAUAAUAAUGACGACAACACGAGAAGUGGAAACUGCAAUUCCAUUGCAAUACAAUGAUUCUCAUUGGAAAGCAAUUUUUGAAAAAUAUGACACUGAUGGAGAUGGAAAAAUAUCGUAUCACGAAUUAAAAGCAAUGAUUCGUGGUCAAGGUUUUUCAAAUGACAUUCCCACACGGGUCGUUCGAAUAAUUAUGCACAAAGCCGAUGUCGAUGAAUCAGGGCACUUGGAUUAUCCCGAAUUUAUUAACAUGAUUCAUCAUCAGGAUUUCCAAGGUAUAUUUGGUCAUUUUGUGCAUCGUUAUGUGCACUCGUUGGUACCUCAUCGUCCAAUUAUGGGAGGAACAAUGAGAUCAGCGAGAUAUUCAAGUGAUUUGCCUGAUGGACAAUAUGAGGAAGAAUAUAGUUGUCAUCCGCCAGCGGUGGCAAUGAUUAUAAUUUCAAUAUUGGAAAUUAUUCUCUUUUUAAUUGACACUAUAUCAAGGAGAGAAUCAGCUAUCGAAGGACCUGCUGCUGUUCUCUUUAUUUUUAAUCCCUACAAAAGAUAUCAAAUUUGGAGGUAUAUCACCUACAUGUUCGUUCACGUUGGAGCUUUUCAUCUAGUGGUAAAUCUCUUGGUGCAAAUAAUGCUCGGCAUUCCAUUGGAAAUGGUUCACAAAUGGUGGAGAGUGCUGAUAAUUUAUCUAGCCGGAGUGUUAGCUGGCUCUCUUGGCACUUCAGUUUCUGAUCCUGGUAUUUAUUUAGCUGGUGCAUCGGGUGGUGUUUAUGCACUAAUUACUGCGCACGUUGCAACAAUUCUAAUGAAUUGGCGUGAAAUGGAAUUUGCCGUUCUUCAAUUACUUGUAUUUAUCGUUGUGACUGGCGUCGAUGUUGGUCAAGCAAUUUACAAUCGUUAUAAUGAUGUGAACAAUCAAAUUGGCUAUGUUGCACAUUUAGCCGGCGCAAUUGCUGGCCUUCUUGUUGGUAUUAAUAUCCUUCGAAAUCUCGAGGUUCAACGAUGGGAGAAAGUUAUUUGGUGGAUUAGCAUUAUUACCUACACUGCCCUAAUGGCCGUUGCUAUUUUUUGGAAUUUUUUCAUGCCCAAUUAUUAUCCUCUUCCCAAGUACUAGAGAAGUUAAGAAAGUAUUCCUGAUUUUUUGAAUUUUCUUUUUUUUGCAAAUUAAUUUGAUAAUUUCAUUUCUCAAUGGCAGCUUUUUUAAAACUCGAAAAAAAAAUUUCGUUUUUUCUCUUUUUUGUAAUUUUACAAAUAUUUUUCACACAAAAAACUUCUUUAUUUGCCAAUUUCUAUAUUUUUUUUGUAAAAAGUGCACUUUGAGGGAUUUGAAUAAAAAAAUGUUUAGGCUAAGUAAUUUAACCGAAUUCAGGGAAAUAAAACACCGUCUCAAAAUUAAACACAAUUUUGUUAUUUUUUUCUAUAAUAAAAAAUGGUGUUUACUUUGUGAAGACUGUCAAGCAAAGUAUUAUAAAUAUAUAUUUAUAUAUAUAUAUAUUUUAGAUUAUAUAAUUUGUAACGCACAAAGAGACAAUUAAUAGUUUUUAAGAUGCAUUUUAUUUUGCAUUUAAAUAUUAUAUUUUUUUUCAAAAUAUCAAAUCAAUUUCUUUUGAUUUUUUUUUCGUUCUACUUUUUUUUUAAGUGCCUAUAUAUGAAUUAGACACAAAACCUUUUACUGUGGUGAUGUUUGCGUCCAUGAUUUAGUAUUAUAAAAUAUUAGACUAUAAUCAAUUUUGUUUUUUUUUUUUAAGCAAACUUUUAAAAAGAAUAUCAAUUUUAUGAAAUUGAAAUUUUUGAAAUUUACAAUAUACACUGUUUACUUAUAUAAAAGAAAAUAUUUUUUAUGAACUUUGUACAUUUUUCUAAUUUCCUUUUGGAAAAAAAAAAUAAAUAUUUUUUGUAAGCUGUAGAUUCAAAUUUUUCAUCAACGAUUAUUAUUAAUAUUAAUGUAAAAUUACAUCGAUAUUGUGUGACAAUAAACUCGCUUUUUUUCUGUAUACAAUUAAAAAAAAAAAAAAAGUGGCUAAAAAAUGUUCUUUUUGCUCAGUGAGACUUAGAAUUAUUUUUGAAAUUCUAUAUCCUCUUGAUACGAUAAAAUAUGCAUAAUUUUUAUUAUUAUUAAAUAGUGAUAGGAACUUUAUGCCAUAUUUUAUAAAUGUUUGUAACUCUUCUUUUAAUGUUUAAGUCUGAAACCAAUAAUCUGCCUUUGAAUGCAAUAGAAUUUUGUACCUGAAUGGCAGUGGUAAUUGCAGUGAAAUUAAAAAAAAAAAAAAAAAAAAAUAGCCUAAGAAUUUUUACAGGAAUAAAUAUAAUUAUCAAUUAUUUUCA